AUGCCUGGUUGGAACUAUGCCUUCUCCCUGUCCCGCGAGGCCGUCAAGGCUGCCACGCCGCCAGGGACAGUCCGUCUCAUAGGUAAAAACGAAAACCGCCCACAGCAACACAGCAUCACGCAGCACAAUGGCAGAUACGUCGACCGCGUCGCCAACUUCCCCGUGCCCACCGCGGACCCUGCAGAUCCCCUCAACUGGGCGCGCUGGCGCAAGUUUUCUUGCCUGGCUGCCGUGUCUUCGUACGCCUUCGUGGCCAACUUCGUGUCGGCCUCGCUGGCGCCCGCGCUGCCAAUCUGGAACUUGUCGUUCCCCCAGAGCCCGAGGCCGCCCGAGGACUUGGUUCAAUUCAUUGCGUUCAACGUGCUUCUCCUCGGCCUUGGGAAUAUCUUCUGGGUACCCCUGGCCAACGUCUUUGGCCGCCGGCCCAUCAUGGUCUUUUCAACGCUGACGCUUUUCAUCGCCACCGCUUGCGGGACGAUGACUUCGGAUUUCGGCCGCGUUCUCGCCAUCCGCGUCUUUCAGGGGCUGGGUAGUUCGGCUUCAGAGACCGUGACUCCCGCCAUCGUCGGCGACAUGUUCUUUGUCCACGAGCGAGGGGGUUGGAUGGCUCUCUACACGGCAUCUUUGGCCAGCGGGUCCGUCGUUGGCGGAAUAUGCGGCGGCUACAUUGCCGCCCGCCUUGGCUGGUUCGCUCUCUUCGAGGUAAACGCAGUGCUGUCGGGGCUCACGUUGCUGUGCGCCAUCCUCCUGGUCCCCGAAACAAUUUACCACCGCGCGUCGCUCUGUCUUCCGGUCCAGCGGAACAUCCCUCGGACUUCUCGCUUCCAGCCCCGGACGCCGGCGCCAUAUUUGAGCCUCGUUUCGCUCCCUUCAAUGCACAUGACCGUGCCGUCUCGCUUUGUCGGCUCAAUAGACCAAGGCCCGAGCCUUACUUGGUACCAGACCUCGUCCUCGAGCGACUUGUCCUCGCCGACUCCGUUCCGAGUUUCCAAAGUCUCAAAGCAGAAUCGGUCAUCUCGGGCAACAACAGCCAAUGCAAUUGCCAGCGAGCGACAGACCCCGUUCACCUUCUUGCGGUCUCUCAAGUUUGGCAUGUACAGGGGCAAUGUCCUCUACCAGUUCAAGAAGCCGUGGUUCACCCUCCGCCUCCCCGCCACCUGGAUCGUCAUGUUCCAGUAUGGCGGGCUCGUGGGCGGCGUCGCGGUGAUAUCGUCUGUCGGACCGCUGCUUCUCGACUUGCCACCGUACCAGUGGGGAGACAACUCGGGACUGCUGUUUAUCGGCGCCUUGGUCGGCAUCGUCCUCGGUGGCCUCUACACCAGCCUCCUGGCUGACAAGCGCCUCAAGCAGUUUGCAAAGAAUCAAGAUCACGGCUUUGCGGAACCAGAGUCGAGAAUCCCCGUGCUGCUCCCCUCGCUGGCAGUCGCUACGGGCGGGCUGCUGGUGUUUGGCUUCUGCGCGCAGAAUCCCGGGCGGUACCAGUGGGUCGGGCUUGAGUUCGCCUACGGCAUGGUUUCGUUUGCCCUCACCCAAGUGCCGUCGAUAUGGUUCAGCUAUCUCAUUGAUUCCUACGCGCAACUAGCGAGCGACUGCUUCGUCAUGAUCUGCAUCCUGCGAGGCAUCAUCCCCUUUGCCUGGACAUUUUUCGUCAGCCAGUGGGUGCAGAGGGAUGGGUACUUGAUUCCGUUUGGCGGCUUCACAGUUAUCAUGGGGGUGUUUUCCCUGCUGAUUCUUCCAGUCAUCUGGAUGGGGAAGCGGAUGAGGAUUGCAACGGCACGGUAUGUGGUUGGCAACCAGUGAGGUUGGGUCACGGACGACGUUCGGCGACAAGAUAGAACUAAUUAGGCUAUUUGGCUUGAAGAAUUGAGAAAAUAAAGGACUCUGACUAGAGCGCCCCAGAAAGCCUCUCUACGCACCCUCAUAUGCCACCCGGAACCUCCUAAUAGGCAUAUUUUUUUAAUAUAAUUUAUCUGUGGACUUCAACAAAACCAUUGAAAGUUCCGGCAGGGAACUCCUUCUCUUGACAGCCCAAUAUAUCCAUUUACAUAGGCCAGAUGGUGGGACAAUCACAUUAGCCUGUGCUUUCACACGCGUCGCCG